AUGGCGACCGGUCUUUUCGCGUCCUUACCGCAGCCCAAAUACACCGGAGAGCAUGAAGAAGUGCCGGCGCAUGCUCAGCCAAAAGGGCCUAGAAUUGUCGGGCCAGGCGUUAUUGAUGAAUCUCAGAUUGUUCUAAAACGUGCCGGCCCUCCUCCCUACGGACAACGCUCAGGAUGGCGACCUCGAUCCGCAGAAGAUUUUGGCGAUGGCGGAGCUUUCCCAGAGAUACCCGUCGCACAGUACCCUCUUGAUAUGGGCCGAAAAGGAACGUCAUCUACUUCCAAUGCUCUAGCCAUCCAAGUCGACGGCGAGGGCAAAGUCAAAUACGAUGCUAUUGCACGACAGGGGCACAACGAGAGUCGGAUCAUACAUUCAAGUUUCAAGGAUUUAAUCCCGCUCCGACAACGUGCCGAUGCGGGUGACCUGAACCUGGACCGACCGGCUCAAGAAGAGGUCGAAGCUACGGCGGAGAAGACAAGACUGGCGUUGGAAAAGCUUGUUUCGGGUGCAGUGGCAGCGCAGAAGCCAAAGAAUGUAAAAGGUGCAACGAGAGAAGAACCUACAUAUGUGCGCUACACCCCGGCGAAUCAGAUGGGCGACAACAGCAAAAAGAAUGAUCGGAUAUUCAAGAUCGUUAAACGGCAAGAAGAUCCCAUGGAGCCUCCCAAAUUUAAACACAAGAAGAUUCCUCGAGGGCCACCUAGUCCACCACCGCCUGUGAUGCACUCGCCGCCACGAAAAUUGACGGCCGAAGAUCAGGAGGCAUGGAAGAUCCCUCCCCCUAUCUCCAACUGGAAAAAUCCAAAGGGAUACACAGUACCUCUGGAUAAGCGGUUGGCAGCGGAUGGACGGGGUCUACAGGAUGUCACUAUCAAUGACAAAUUCGCCCAAUUCGCAGAGGCACUUUUUACCGCUGAUCGACACGCAAGAGAAGAGGUCAAGCUCCGUGCACAGAUGCAGCAGAAACUGGCCGAAAAGGAGAAACUGGCCAAGGAAGAACACCUGCGGGAAAUGGCACGAAAAGCAAGGGAAGAAAGACAGGCCACUACUGGGCGGCGGAGAGAUUCGGACUCUCAGUCUCGACGGCGGUCGAGGUCGUACUCUGGAUCUUCGUAUGAUUCGAAAUCACACAGCGACAGUGAAGAUGAUGCUGCGAAGGAGAGAGAACGAGCCAGGCGAGAACGAAGAAUGGAGAAUGAACGACAACUGCGACAGAGCAGGAUGGGCACGGAAAAACGGAUCCAAAUGAUGGCACGAGAACAAAAUCGUGAUAUAUCCGAGAAAGUGGCAUUGGGGCUUGCGAAACCGACGCAGAACAAGGAAACCAUGUACGACUCGAGACUGUUCAACCAGACAUCCGGAUUCGACACGGGAUUCAACGAGGAUCAAGCAUACGACAAACCUUUGUUUGCAGCGCACGAUGCCAUCAACAGCAUCUAUCGACCAUCGGCGAACCAGGAUGACGACGACGGUGAAGACGCGGCCGAGAGCGCAAUGGGCAAGAUCCAGAAAUCCAAUCGCUUUGACGUCUUGGGGAAGGCGUCCCAAGGGUUCAAGGGAGCCGAUGUGGCCGAACGCGAGGCUGGACCUGUGCAAUUUGAGAAGGACAAAGAUGACCCCUUUGGCAUUGAUAGUUUGAUUGGCGAGGCUUCGGCCAGGAACGGUGGUGAGAGUGGCAAGAGCGGGAAGAAACGGUAUGGUCUGGAAGAGGCUGGACCCGGCGACAGGGAGAAGAAGAGAGCGAGAGUUGACGAGGACGAUUAA